GGUUGCUGUACACACGUGCUUGCCACGUUGAUAGCAUCAGUGAUCAUGCACGUGCCUCACAUAUCCGUGUGUUUAUUAUUAUGCCCUCUUGUGUGAAGGAUAAAUUAUUAGAUACAACAGGAGUUUGUUUGUCUCUCUUACAAAAAUAUAAAAAUCCUCCACCAGAAAUAAUUCAUGUGUCUCACCCUUUUCAUGUCAGAGGGAGGAGUACAACUCAGACAUUCUGAAUGAGUUACUAUGCUAAAUAGCAUGUGUUUUCUAUGAAAAAAGGAGCUCCAAGAUCCACUACAACUUUUCUUGGAAGAACUAUGAUCCAUUUUAUCCACUAUUUAUCAUCUUUUUUGUGGAUUUAAGAUUUGGUUCCACAGGUUUAGGGGGCCUCCCCAGAACCAGAAAUUAGUCGAGACAUUUGGAGCCUGGGAUGCAAGUGUUAGACUUGAGAAACCCUUAGAAUAAAUAAUACUUGAGAUGGAUUCAGUAAAACCAUCCGCCGUGACUCCUAGGAAGAGUAAAUUUGCACGCACUGUAGCCAAAGUUCUUCAUCUUCGAGCAGCAAGUGGGAUUGCUCCUGUUGACGGGGUUCAGAAAGUUGCGGCCCAAGAAAAGGUCAAGAAUGACAAGCAUCGCCAUAAAAGCGCAGCUAGCCGGCCGCAAUCAUUUGACAUCAAUGAUAACGAUGAACAUGAAAAAAGCUUGGCCUUGGAAGUACUUGUUGCCAAACUGUUUGCUAGCUUAUCAUCUGUAAAAGCUGCAUAUGCUCAGUUACAGUAUGCUCAGUCUCCUUAUGAUGCUGAUGGGAUUCAAGGAGCUGACCAUUUGGUAGUCUCUGAGUUGAAGAAUCUGUCUGAUUUGAAGCGGUGCUACAUAAAAAAACAGUUUGAUCCUUCUCCUGAGACCUCUCUGGUUUUGGCUGAGAUUCAGGAGCAGAAGAGUCUUUCAAAGAUCUAUGAGAUAAUGGGGAAGAAAUUGGAGUCUCAGUUGAGGCUCAAGGAGUCCGAGAUCAUGUAUCUAAGAGAAAAAAUGGAAGAAUCUAAUAGACAAAACCGAUUACUUGAGAAGAGAUUAAAUCAAAGUGGACAUUUAUCUAUGCCUGGCAAUCUACGGCAAUCAGGCUUAAGUCCCAGCCAUUUCAUUACAGUUCUACGACAUACAGACAAGUCCAUUCGAAGCUUUGUCAAGUUGAUGAUUGAUGAGAUGAAAUCUGCUGGUUGGGAUCUAGAUGCGGCCGCUGAAUCUAUUGUAUCCGAUGUGGCCUACUGGAGAGCAGAUGACAAAUGUUUUGCAUUUGAAAGCUUUGUUAGCAGAGAGAUGUUCGAUGGUUUCCAUUUGCCUAAUUUCUCUCUAAAGGAAGAAUCUCUACCAGAGAAAAAGAAUCAGCAACAGUUGUUUUUCAGGAGAUUCACUGAACUGAAAUCUGCGAAAGCAACUGAAUACAUUGCCCUCAAGCCCAAAUCAACAUUUGCAAAAUUUUGUCGUGCCAAGUACUUGCAACUUAUACACCCCCAGAUGGAAACGUCCUUUUUAGGCAAUCUGAGCCAAAGAAGCCUCGUGAAUUCAGGUGAAUUUCCUGACAAUAGUUUUUUUGCCACAUUUGUUGAAAUGGCUAGGCGGGUCUGGCUACUACAUUGCUUGGCCUUUUCUUUCGACCCAGAAGCCUCAAUCUUUCAAGUCCGUAGAGGGUGUCGUUUCUCUGAAGUUUACAUGGAAUGUGUUGCGGAAGAUGCGCUUCUUUCAGAGAAUGCACCGGAAGCUGAUCCACCAGUGGCAUUCACCGUAGUUCCUGGGUUUAGGAUCGGUAAAACUGUUAUACAGUGUCAGGUCUAUCUCUCUCAGCUCCAUACCAAGGUAAACCGUUGAUAAAAACUUAAGCAUGGACCUACAACAUCGAAGAAUGAACUGGUGCAGGCCACUAUCAUGAUUCUUUUGAGUAAAAAUCUGAUGAUAAAAAUGGCUUUUCCUACUUGGUGUUUGUUGUGGGGUCUUGGAAUGUGUUGCCGAACAGUGACUUGGGGCAGCUUGUCUUCGUCUUUCUCAUGGCCAUUCUGAAUGCAGAAAGCGCGUGGACCGUAGUUAGGAAAGAACCUUCGCAUCUUUUAUAUCAAUCCACGAAACAAUUUUGUUAAUAUUAGGCCAUUGACAGAAGGCUUGCUUAGGCCAUUGACAGAAGGCUUGCUUAGCUGUGUUGCACCCUUUCGCUAUGUCCUGGAUGCUCUCCAUGUACAUUGUAAUAUUCAAGUAGAAUAUAAAUGUGGAUUUUCUAUUCGCAGUUA